UAAAUUCGUCGGAAGCCGCCCUAUCCGAGCUCCAAAGCUCCAUCGAUACCCUCCAACCCAAUGGCGUACGCCCGCGCCAAAUCACUCACGCCCUGUGUUUUGAUUUUCGGCCGAAAAAAGUGGAUUUCGGCCUAGGGCGAAAAAGCGCUCAAACCGAAAAUCAAAACACAGCUCACGCCUAGUAGCCUACUAGUACCUCUGCUACUAUGUAGUACAAGAGAAUGCGACAACUCCAAGGUGGAGGCAGGCUAGUAGCUCACCAAGUCGUUGUAGCGAAUCACGCUCCUGUCAGUAUUCAGUAGCCAUGUCGCUACACCGCAGCUGGGCGGCUGCGCUCGCGGCGCUGCUGGCGCUGGCGGUGCUGCUGAGGACGUCGGCCGAGGACGACAAUGGCGGAUCGCCCAUCCUGGCGCGCGUCAGCAAGGACGCCUCCACCUCCCUCUACACCAUCGCCAUCAAGGUUGGUGGGGUGCCGCUCCUGCUCGAUCUCGCCGGCCCGAUGCUCUGGCUCGCCAACUGCCCCACCCCGCACCGCACCAUCCCCUGCGUCUCCCCCGACUGCGACGAGAUCACUACUACGUACCGCCCGCCUGGUUGCCCGAAGCCCCUCCCUGGCCCAGAUGGGCAGUGCGCCUGCCUCGCCUACCCGCGCAACCCGGUCGACGGACGCUGCCGCUCUGCCGACGCCACCACCAUCACGCUAGCUGCCAAUGACACGGAUGGCCAGAACCCGCUAUUCCCGUUCCCCUUCCGCGCAGUCGGGUCCUGCGCGCCGGGGGAGCUUCUGGCGUCGCUCCCGGCCGGUGCGGCAGGCGUCGCGGGGCUCUCAAUGCUGCCGCUGUCGCUACCGACCCAGUUUGCAUCCUUGCUCAGCGUGGCGAAAGAGUUCGCGUUGUGCCUGCCCAGCGGAAGCGAUGGCGUGGCAAUCUUCGGCGGUGGCUCGUUCCAGCUGCUCGCCGCGCCACAUGUGGAGCUCGCCGAGCGCCUCAGACAAAACCCGCUCCCGCUCCUCAAGCACCCCUACAACGGCGGCUACUACUUCGGCAUCAGCGGCAUUGCCGUGAACCAGCAGCGCGUGCCCACACCGCUCGGCGCCUUCGACCUCCAAGCCAGCAGCGGCACGGGCGGCGUCGUGUUCAGCACCGUCACGCCCUACACCGCUCUUCGCUGGGACAUCUACUGGCCGCUCCGCAACGCGUUCGACGCGGCCACGAGCGGCAUCGCGCGCGCGGACAAGGUGGCGCCGUUCGACAUGUGCUACCAGGCGUCCGCGCUCACCGUGACCCGGGUAGGCUACGCCGUGGCCAACAUCGACAUGAUGCUGGACGGCGGGCGGAACUGGACGCUGCCCGGCGCCAGCUCGCUCGUGCAGGUGAACGACCAGACGGUGUGCUUUGCGUUUGUCCAGAUGGCGUCGUCCAUGCCGACGGCAGCCGACUCACCGGCGGUCAUCUUUGGGGGGCACCAAAUGGAGAACAACCUUCUGAUGUUCGAUCUGGUGAAAGAGACGUUCGCGUUCAGUGGGCUGCUCCUCGGCAUCCGCACUACGUGCAGUAACUUCAACUUCACCAUGGGGAGUUACUGAGAGUGUCACUGGUCUUGCGAUCGAGUCUACCCCCAGCGUACGGUUUCGUUUCCAGACUUUGGUUGGAAGCACUUCUAGUGUUGUUGUUGUAACAAGAAUAAGAGCGUCUACAGCAGGGAUGGCAAAUCCGGCCACUCAAACUCCAGCGGGCGCGUCCGCGGAGACCGACCGUUCACGCCUCAAAUAAAG